ACCAAGAAGCAUUGUUUCUCCUAAUCAGUUUGUCAUAAAAAUGGGAAGGAUGCCAUGCUGUGAGAAGGUAGGGUUCAAGAAAGGACCAUGGACUCCAGAAGAAGACAAUAAGCUCCUUGCUUAUGUUGAAAAACAUGGCCAUGGAAAUUGGCGGUCAGUACCUGCCAAAGCAGGUCUUGAAAGAUGUGGAAAGAGUUGCAGAUUGAGGUGGAUUAACUAUCUCAAACCUGAUAUAAAACGAGGAAACUUCAGCUCGGAGGAAGACCACACCAUUAUUCAACUCCAUGCUCUUCUUGGAAACAAAUGGUCAAUCAUAGCAGCUCAUCUGCCUCAAAGAACGGACAAUGAAAUCAAGAAUUAUUGGAACACCAAUGUCAAGAAAAGACUCAUCAGAAUGGGCUUAGAUCCGCUCACUCACAAACCAAUAAAAAGGAACAACUUUGAAGACUAUGGCGGUGGUCAUCAUGAGCAGUCCAAGGACACCAUGAACAUGGAUCACGUGGCUCAGUGGGAGAAUGCUCGACUUGAAGCUGAAGCCAGAGGAUCUAUGUUGCAAGUUGAAUCUCACUCCUCACAUCACCCUCAGCUAAUGUUGAGCAAAAUCCCAACACAACUUUCUCCUUCCUCUUCAGAUUCACUAUCAAUCAAACACAACACAGUAUACAACAUGUAUGACCUUAUACUUGCCACAAAUCAUGACCUUCCAUCACCAGUAUCCUCGUUCAGCGUCACCGGUUGGAAGCUUCCUUUAGUCUCUACCAAUAUUAAACUAUUCACCGUCACCGGAACAUCACUCUCUUCUGAGUCUGAUUUUAAUGUGUCUGAAACUAGUUUUCAAAUGAUAGAAGACCGUGUGUCAAACUUGCAAGAUGAUGACAUCACCAUGGCUCUGGAAGCAUUUACAACCGCAAGAUGUGAGAGUCUUCAAGAGUUGUUAAGGGGUUCCACACUGACAUGGUAGGUCUAAUCAGUGAUUCCUUGGAAAAAGAUGUGUAGAAGGGUAUGGAACUGCAAAGUGCAAUUCGCAUAAUUUGUCUGUUUUAUGUUCCAAAAGAAGUGUGUGUGAUUUUGACAUCUGUUUUUGCUUUGGUCUCAAUUUGAUGUGUGCAUGUUAUGCGUUGUUAAUUUAUGAGGUUGAUGUUUUUGCUUCAGCACUCUUGAACUUUAAGGUGCUGAAGGUUGUUUACGUAUUGACAGAACUUAUUUAGUAUUCUCAUGUUUUCGCACAAGUCUUGGAACAUUCCUUUUGCUUACGAUCUGGUUUCAUUUACCUUUUACGA